CGCGCCCGGAGAAGCGAGCUCUGCCUCUCUGCCGGAGGCUCCGGGGGCGCGCCAGAGUGCUGCGCUGCCGAUCGGUGAUGGUGCCCCCCUCUCUUUGCGCCCCGAGGCCCAGCGAGAAGGAGAAAGGCUGAGGAAGGCUGCGCCGCCCGCGCCCUCCGCCCACCAUGAGCCGCUCCGGGGUCUCCUCCGAGCUCCGCCACAUCGUCUCCACGGCCUACAAGGGGCCCGAGGCCGACGGGCUGAGCCCGGCGUCGCCCCCGUUCGGCGCGCAGAAGGAGGAGGAGGAGGAGGAAGAGAAGGACCUGGGCAAGGCGCUGCGGGUGGAGCGCUUCGAGCAGAUCCUGCAGGACUCGCACUCGCGCCCCGUCGAGGAGGCCGGCCGAAGCUACAGCGAGGAAGACUUCGAAUAUCACCGUCAGUCCUCCCACCACAUCCACCACCCGCUCUCGGCCCACCUGCCCUCCGAGGCCCGGCGCAAAAAGGGGGCCAGCAAGAAGGGCAAGAAGCAGCCGCGGGGAACAGCCGCGCCGGGGGAGACGCCGACCAUCGAGGAGGCCGAGGAGGAGGAGGAAGGCGAGGAGGAGGAGGAAGGCGAGGAGGAGCCCGGGCUCGCCGAGGAUGCCGAGCAGGCGCGGCUGCGGGAGGCGCAGGGCCCGGGGGUGCAGGUGGGCAGGGGCUGCGGGCGUGCCAGACGGGGCGGGCGGGGGCCUUGCUCUCCGGAGCUGACCCCCUCCCUCCCCCUCCCCCCCCAGUUCUUCCUGCAGGAGGAGGAUGCCGCGGAGCGCCGGACAGAGGCCUCCUCCGGCCCGGCCUCGCCCCUCAGCGCCCCCGCCAUCCCUGGGGGCUCACCCGCGGCCAGGGCGGGCAGCUCCGAGGGCGAGGAGCACAGCAGCACGGAGGGGCCCGGCCUGGAGGGGGGCUCGCCUGGGCGCCCCCUCUCCAAGUCCCAGCCCGGGCACCGAAGCUACAACCUGAAUGAGCGCCGGUGCAUCGGCAGCCUGACCGGCGUGGAGCAGGCCCGGUACCCGAAGGUGCCCACGGAUGAGUCGGAGGCGCAGACCCUGGCCUCGGCUGACCUGGACUACAUGAAGAGCCACAGGUUUGAGGAUGUCCCUGGAGUGCGGCGGCACCUUUUCCGGAAAAGUGCCAAGGGCCAGGUGGUGCAUCUUGGCAGGGACCACAAAGAGCCCAGUGCACGGCAGCGGAAGCAGGACCGGCAGCCCCAUGAGGUCUUUGUGGAGCUGAACGAGCUGAUUAUCGACAAGAACCAAGAGAUGCAGUGGAAGGAGACGGCUCGCUGGAUCAAGUUCGAGGAGGACGUGGAGGAGGAGACCGACCGCUGGGGGAAGCCGCACGUGGCCUCGCUCUCCUUCCGCAGCCUGCUGGAACUGCGCAGAACCCUGUCGCACGGAGCCGUUCUUCUCGACCUGGACCAGAAGACACUGCCAGGGGUGGCGCAUCAGGUGGUGGAGCAGAUGAUCAUCUCUGACCAGAUUCGCGCUGAGGACCGUGCCAACGUGCUGCGAGCUCUGCUCCUCAAGCACAGCCACCCCUCUGAUGAGAAGGACUUCUCCUUCCCCCGCAACAUCUCAGCCGGCUCCCUGGGCUCUCUACUGGGCCAUCACCACAGCACCAACCACGUAGGGGAGGGUGCUGAGCCAGCAGUCACUGACCCCCUCAUUGGAGGCCACUCUGGCGAACACGAGACCCGAGUGGACAUCGAGAGAGAGAGGGAAGUCUUGUCCCCCACAGUCCCUGGCAGCAUCACCAGAUCCAAGUCCAAGCACGAGCUGAAACUGUUGGAGAAGAUCCCAGACAAUGCCGAGGCCACGGUGGUGCUUGUCGGUUGUGUGGAGUUUUUGGACCAGCCCACCAUGGCCUUUGUGCGGCUGCAGGAGGCAGCUCAGCUGGAUGCGGUGCUGGAGGUGCCAGUCCCGGUGCGCUUUCUCUUUGUGCUGCUGGGCCCAAGCAGCACCAAUAUGGACUACCAUGAAAUUGGCCGGUCGAUCUCCACGCUCAUGUCUGACAAGCAAUUCCAUGAGGCUGCUUACCUGGCCGACGACCGGCACGACCUGCUCAACGCCAUAAACGAGUUCCUGGACUGCAGCGUGGUCCUGCCGCCCUCAGAGGUGCAGGGCGAGGAGCUCCUCCGGAGCGUGGCCCACUUCCAGCGCGAGAUGCUGCGGCGGAGGGAGGAGCAGGAGCGGCGCUUGCUUCUCGGGGUGGCUCUGGAGCCCAAAUCGCCAGAGGAGAAAGCGCUGCUGAAGCUGAAGGUGGCCGAAGAGGAGGAGGAGGAGGAUGACCCUCUCCGGCGGACAGGCCACCCCUUUGGGGGCCUGAUUCGAGACGUCCGUCGCCGCUACCCCAAAUACCUGAGUGACUUCCGGGAUGCUCUGGACCCGCAGUGCGUGGCUGCAGUGAUUUUCAUCUACUUUGCUGCUCUCUCUCCUGCCAUCACCUUCGGAGGACUGCUGGGUGAGAAGACCCAGGGGCUGAUUGGGGUCUCGGAGCUGAUCCUGUCCACCUCUGUGCAGGGCAUCCUCUUCUGCUUGCUGGGGGCUCAGCCCCUCCUCAUCAUCGGCUUCUCAGGGCCGCUGCUGGUGUUUGAGGAGGCCUUUUUCACAUUCUGCAGAUCCCACGAGCUGGACUACUUGGUGGGGCGCGUCUGGAUCGGCUUCUGGCUCAUCCUCAUCGUGUUGGUCAUGGUGGCCUUUGAGGGCAGCUUCCUGGUGCGCUUCGUCUCCCGCUUCACCCAGGAGAUCUUUGCCUUCCUCAUCUCCCUCAUCUUCAUCUAUGAGACCUUUCUCAAGCUGAUCAAGAUCUUCCAGGAACACCCCCUGCACGGCUGCACCAAGGCCAACGGCACAGAGGCGGGCGAGGAGGACCCCGGCCCUGUGCCUGAGGGGAACCAGACAGACAGCCGAGCGGCUUCCAGAGUGACAGGGCAGCCCAACACGGCGCUGCUCUCGCUAGUGCUCAUGGCCGGCACCUUCUUCAUCGCCUUCUUCCUUCGCAAGUUCAAGAACAGCCGCUUCUUCCCAGGACGGGUUCGCCGGGUGAUUGGUGACUUCGGGGUCCCGAUUGCCAUCCUCAUAAUGGUGCUGGUGGACUACAGCAUCCAGGACACGUACACACAGAAGCUUUCGGUGCCCCACGGCUUCUCUGUCACAGACCCUGAGCAACGGAGUUGGGUCAUCAACCCCCUUGGGGAGGAGCGCCCCUUCCCCGUCUGGAUGAUGGUGGCCAGCGCCCUCCCUGCUGUCCUGGUCUUCAUCCUCAUCUUUAUGGAGACGCAGAUCACGACGCUGAUCAUCAGCAAGAAGGAGCGCAAGCUGCAGAAGGGCUCCGGCUUCCACCUUGACCUCCUGCUCAUUGUAGCCAUGGGGGGGUUCUGUGCCCUUUUCGGGCUUCCCUGGCUGGCAGCAGCCACAGUGCGCUCUGUUACGCACGCCAACGCCCUGACCGUCAUGAGCAAGGCUGUGGCACCUGGGGACAAGCCCAAGAUCCAAGAAGUGAAGGAGCAGCGCGUCACGGGGCUACUGGUGGCUGUUCUUGUGGGCUUGUCGAUUGUGAUUGGAGACCUGCUGCGCAAGAUCCCGCUGGCUGUCCUCUUUGGGAUUUUCCUCUAUAUGGGCGUCACCUCCCUGAAUGGGAUCCAGUUCUACGAGCGCCUCCACUUACUGCUCAUGCCCCCCAAGCACCACCCUGAUGUGCCCUACGUCAAGAAGGUGCGGACGCUACGGAUGCACCUCUUCACAGGCUUGCAGCUGGCAUGCCUGGCCGUGCUGUGGGCCGUCAUGUCUACCGUCGCCUCCCUAGCGUUCCCCUUCAUCCUCAUCCUCACAGUGCCACUUCGCAUGUGCCUGCUCAGCCGCAUCUUCACUGAGCGAGAGAUGAAAUGUCUGGAUGCAGACGAGGCAGAGCCGAUCCUGGAUGAGAGAGAAGGCGUGGACGAGUACAACGAGAUGCCGAUGCCGGUGUGAGGAGGGCAGAGAACUCUAGAAGUUUUGCCCCACCUCACCUCACCCAGCGCAGAGAGGAGGUGGAUCUCGGAGUACCGCUCCUGGGCCCUCACUCUUUCACCCCGGAGGGAAGAGGCCUUCACCAAAGCGGCAUCCGUGGAUCUCUGCUGCUGCCGCCUCUGCCGUAGCGGGACCCGGAGUCGGUUGGGUGGAACGCAGUCACCCCUUUGCUUCCUUGCACCAGUGCAGGGGGAGAAGGGGGGAGGCACCGUGCCCGCCUCUUUCAGGGUGACAAUCAGUGGCCCCUUGCAUAUGAUGAUCUUAUUUAAAGAUUAAUUUAAAACUUCAAUCAACAGCUUUAUAAUAAUCUGGUGGGUAUUACUGGCCACUGGGUGGUUUGCUUUUGUAAGCCCCCUGGUGAGCCUCAGCAGGCGCCGAAGGGCUUGCCUGCUCUGAAAACACCUGCGGCAAGCCACGCGUUGCCCCUCCCCACAGGAUCAGGGGAAGGUCACGGGAGCAAACGCCAAAUUAAAGGGUGUGUGUGUAUGUGUGUGUGUGUGUACACGUCCGAUUCCUUCCUUUUACCAUGGAUAAGUUGGUGUCAAUAAAACAAAGC